GGUUACUUUGAACUCUAUAUUUCAUGUUUCCUGACAUACCCUCCAAAGAACUACAAUUAUGUUAGCGAGGCUGCAGGAGCAUUAAACAGUUCUUUCCUGCUUCUUUUGCCUUUUGCUGCCUUUCCACGCGUUCCUAUCCUGUUUAGAGCUUGGCCUUUUUACUUUUUAUUUGUAGCGUGCAUGGUUCUUAGGAUAUUGGAGAAAAACAUGCUGAAGAUGCACUGUGGGGCAUGGCUAUUUUUGUUAGAAGCUGAUACUUUAGACUGAGCUUGAAGUGCUGCCUCUGGAAGGCCCUAGGUUGCUCAGGGAGGGCAGGAGUCUGCAGAGGAAACAGAAAGUUCAGAGGGGUGCAAAAGAAGAAGUAACAGAAUUAGAAAAAGCAGAGGACCUCCCUCUUCUCAUUCUGCAGCUCCUGCAAGAGCCAGCAACCCUGAAGUAUUAUCUAAGCUGCCACAGUAGAUCUUGACCUUUUUUAAGAGAGUAUCUCUUACCAUCAUCAUCAUGGCCGAGAUUACAGCAGAAGGACGUAUGUCUACAACCACGACAAUAAUAGAUGGUAAGAACGGAUCCAUCCCCUCAUCAUCCAUGAAAGUGGGCAAGAAAUCAGUUACAGAAGACCUCGUGACAACAUUCAGCUCACCAGCAGCAUGGCUUCUUGUUGUUGCUUUGAUUGUUACCUGGUCAGCAGUAGCUAUUGUAAUGUUUGACUUGGUGGAUUACAAAAAUUUGGCAGGCACCUAUUCACAACAUUGCGAUGAUCCCUGUUUACCACCUGGAAGAUCUGUUAACAAGCUCAGCACAGAACCACUGAGAAUCAUUCAUGAGACAUUGGAAGAAUCCACUGAUUGGCUUUAUGGCUUUAUUUCUUUUCUGUCUGACAUCGUAUGGAGUGAUGAUGAUGACAGUGAUGAAGGUGAAGUGGAACCUUCCCUGAAAAAAGAAAUUCAUAAACCGAAAGCAGAGAGACAGGAAAAAAGAACAGCACCGAAGGUAAUUCACAGAGACAAACCUGAAAAACAAGAAAAAAUUGAGAGGAAGGAACCCGUAAAGGUGACACAUAAAGACAAGCUGGAAAGACAAGAAAAGUCUGAAAAAAAGGAAAGGCAUGCAGCUACUCACAAAGAGAAACCUGAAAAGCCAGAAAAACAGGAAAAGAAAGCACCUUCUAAAGGUAAUUAGUGUUAGAUGUUGUAUAGUUUUAGAUUUUUACUGCUUAUAUAGUUUGGGAGAGUGUGGAGAUGGGUAUUUAAAGUAUAAAUUUCAUAUAGUCCAUGCUGUACAUUUUUUGGGUGCUCUCACUUUUGCUUGAGUAGGUCUUGAUCAGCCCCUGAGUGAAACCUUGCUCAGCAUAUAUUUCUUGCUUAAUUCUCUUGUUUUGAUGCACAGAGGUAAGUAUAAAUCAUUCUUGUGCAGCUAAAGAAGUAAGCCUAUGAUUGUUACAUUUCUAUUCCUUGACGUCUUUUCCUCCACAAUGGGAUUCAGUAAUUUCCCUGUAAAGAAGGCUUCCUCUUAUGUAUCCUUCAGUCUGGCACAGACCUAAUGCAGGAGUCUUUACUAACUCUCAGUCAGGACCUUCAUCAUAACCAAAAAUACAUUUACAUUUUCUUGCCUUUAUUUUUUUGCAAUAACAUUUUCAUUUCAAUACAUGAUUUGUACUGUCCUCUGUGUCAGAAGCGACUUAGGUUAAGAUUAACAUGUCUACUAAUUAUCAUAUAUAUUCUGAAGCAAUAUCAUGUAUAAGAGAUGAUUUUCAGUAUUUUUUUGACUGAUAAUUCCAUCCUUAACCAUGACUUGGACAUGGGGAUUUAAAAAUCCAAUCAUCUUGUUCUUUUAUGCUAUUUUUUAAAGUCUAACAUUUAUUAUUCCUUGGCAUUCGAAGGCAUUUGAAUGCUUUGGCUUUUUUUUUUUUUCUUUUUUUCUUUUUUUUUUUUCCCGCAUGCAUUGCUUUUUGGAAGCCAGAUAUUUACCUCUUCUUACUUUUAGUUGGUUAACUAUUGAAAAAAGUCCCUAUGCAAUGUAUCUUAAUAUUAUUCUAUUAUGGCAUUCAGAUUAAUCUGAUGAUGGUGGGACACAUGAAUUAAUUAGGUUUAAUGUGAAUCUGUUCAUACAAUACAGAUUCAAAUGUAGAACUCAGUCUUCAUGGGACUUGACCUUACUCUAAGUAGAAAUGUAAAACAGAAAUUAGGGAGUGAAGAAAGAGAAAAAGUGAAAUGAAGAUUUAAAGCCUUGAAAGGCUUUGAAAGGGAGCCAUUGUCCAGUCUCUCUUUAAAUGGGAUAUUUGUUCAUUUUUUCUACUUGAAAGCGUAGGAUUUUUUAACAAAGUGAAAUCACACUGAAGUAAUCUGGAGAAAAUAAAUGCCCAUGGUGUCUGUGUAGAUUUGAAAAGCAAAUAACUUCCAAGAGUCACUGAGAUAUUCCUAAUGAACAGCCAGCCAGUUUACCCAUUUAUCUUCUGCUAGCUAACCCAAUAAUCACUUGGAGCUUGAUUGUGUUUGAUAGCAGCCAUGACUCUGGUCACCGGCCAGAAAAUUUUUUGAAAAAUUUGGCCACUUUGCAGCUUGGGAGAUGUGCUGCUGCGGAGUGAUGUGGUUACCAUUCUUGAAUAGUUUCCAUGUUGUGUGUAUCCCAGUGGGUGGACUCAGUGCAUUAAGGCACUUGUUGCCUCCAGCACUCCCUAAGGCACACGGAUGCCAGCAACAUGCUGAGAUAUCCAUUGCCAGGUUCACCUCCCUUUUGUCUGGGGUCUGCUCUAAACUGCUUCAGCUCCCAGCAGUGCUGAGGGGCCAUCUCAGCCACUUGCAGUCCCUGGGAAAUGAGGAUGCUCAGCUCCAGGACAACUGCAGGGAACAGGCAUACUGAAAAUCAGGUGGCUGC